AAAAUCAGCAGUCCAAAGUGGUAUUGUUGGUUGCGGGAGAGCAAAAUUAGAUUGAAUUCAGCUCAGUUCAAUUCAAUGAUAACACUAAAUUGCACCCGUCCUUUCUCAUCGAUUCAAAACCCUAACUUUCCCUCUAUCCACUGCUCAAAAGAUCCAAUUUUGUUGCCUCAUUUUUCUAAUUCUUCAUCUAAAACCCUCCACUCCAACCGAAUCCAGUUCAACACUCCAAAGUCCACACAUUUUCAGCGUAGCAAGUCUGGAAGCCUCAGCUUUCUGACCCACAGCUCCAAAAGGACUCAAGAAUCCGACAAGGAGACCAAAAAUGAGGUGGACUCUGGCGGCGGCGGCGGCGGCGGCGACGGAGGGGGUGAAGGAGAUGAUGGGCAGGUGGAGAAGCGCGAUGGGUUCUUGCCAGAAUGGCUGAAUUUAACUUCGGAUGAUGCGAAAACGGUUUUCGCCGCGUUGGCUAUAUCUCUGGCGUUCAGGUCAUUUGUGGCUGAGCCCAGAUUCAUACCUUCCUUAUCUAUGUAUCCCACAUUUGACGUUGGCGACCGGAUUGUGGCUGAGAAGGUCUCUUUUUAUUUUAGAAAGCCCUGCCCUAAUGAUAUCGUUAUCUUCAAAAGUCCUCCAGUGCUUCAGGAAGUCGGAUACACCGAUGAUGAUGUCUUUAUCAAGCGAAUUGUUGCCAAGGAAGGUGAUACGGUCGAGGUUCAUGAAGGGAAACUGAUUGUGAAUGGAGUUGUCAGAAACGAAGAUUUUAUUCUCGAAAAACCCAACUAUGAAAUGACUCCAAUUCGUGUGCCAGAAAAUUCAGUUUUCGUGAUGGGUGAUAAUCGGAACAACAGCUAUGAUUCACACGUGUGGGGUCCACUUCCUUCAAAGAACAUAAUCGGGAGAUCUGUCUUACGGUAUUGGCCACCAACAAGAAUUGGCGGCACAGUUUAUCCCCAAGGCUGUGCUGUUGACAAGCCCGAUACUAGUUUGGCCGGUGAAGAUACGAGUUUGGCAGCCCAAUAAACCCGACCCUGACAAGUUUUGACUAUAGACGUGUAAUCUUCGUCCAUCCAAUACGUUCUUUGAUAGACCUGUAUACUUGGGUGUAUGUUACUUGAGAUCUUUUGGCAUCUUUGGCUCUUGUGUGUAUCAUGAUGAUGCAAUGAUUUGUGAAUGGUUUUUACAUACCACAGAGGAUGCUGUAACAUUUAUAUAGGGUCUUUCUAUUUCUGAUCUCAUUACUUGAAUAAUACUAAACAUCUAGUACGCACAUCAAGAUUGAACAAAUUGUUGAUUAUCUGAA